AUGGUAUUAAAAAAUGUGGCCAAGAUUGUUUUGGCAGCAGGAGAAGCCGUGGGAAAAGCUUUCACGCGAGCAGUAAAGCAAGAAAUGGAAGGUAAGUAGAUUAUAUUUUCUUCAACAGUUGUUUUAGCAUCAAGGCGGACAGCUCAGGCCGCUGCUUCUGGUGCAUCUAGCUCUCAACAAAGGACUUCGGCUCAAACUGAGACAAAAACUAAUGCCAGAUUGGGAAUAUCACUUCAGGUUUGUUUUUACUUGGUUUUUCUUUUGUUUUUAGCGUUAUUCAUACGAAUUCGAAAGGCAAUACCUAUAUGAUAUCAUGAAUACAAAAUACGAAGUUUCUAUUCAUUUUUUUGUUUAUCUUGAUAUGUAUUAUUAAUUUUCAAUAUUUUUUACCAUCUUACACAAGUCAUUUCAGGAGUCACUUCAAAUAUUAGACGUCAAAACUCCGCUGAAUGCAGAAGAAGUUCAAAAAAAGUAUGACCAUCUGUUUAAAAUUAAUGAUAAGGAGAAUGGAGGUACUAUAUAUCUACAGUCGAAAGUCUACCGAGCAAAGGAAAGGAUAGAUGCUGAACUUUCAAAAGAAGAACCACAGAAACCAAAAGUAGAAUCGAAAGAAGAGGCUUCUGGAUAA